UCCCUCCAGGUGCUGGGCAUGUGCGCAGAGAGGCCAGCCGUGAGCAGGCGUUGGGGUGCAUGCGCAGAGUGGCUGGCUGUGAGAAGUCUGGGCGUGCGGCUCAGAAGCAGCAGGAACCGCAUUUCCUUAAUGCAGCUCGAGAGCUGUGGAUUGGCCACCCCGUCCUAAAUGUAUGUGCAGAAACUUACAAUCCGGAUGAAGAAGAGGAUGACACAGAGUCAAGGAUUAUUUACCCCAAAACAGAUGAUCAAAGAAACAGAUUGCAAGAGGCUUGCAAGGACAUUCUUCUUUUUAAAAACCUAGAUCCGGAACAGAUGUCUCAGGUAUUAGAUGCUAUGUUUGAAAAGCUGGUUGAAGGAGGAGAGCAUGUCAUUGAUCAAGGUGAUGAUGGUGACAACUUCUAUGUAAUUGAUAGAGGAACAUAUGACAUUUAUGUAAAAUGUGAUGGUGUUGGGAGGUGUGUUGGUACCUAUGAUAACCGUGGAAGUUUUGGUGAGUUGGCCUUAAUGUACAAUACACCCAGAGCAGCUACCAUAAUUGCUACAUCUCCUGGUGCUGUAUGGGGUUUGGACAGAGUAACAUUCCGGAGAAUCAUUGUAAAAAACAAUGCCAAAAAGAGAAGAAUGUAUGAAAAUUUUAUUGAGUCAUUGCCAUUCCUUAAAUCUUUAGAACUAUCUGAACGUUUGAAAGUGGUGGAUGUGAUAGGCACCAAAGUAUAUAAAGAUGGAGAACAAAUCAUUGCUCAGGGAGAGAUGGCUGAUUGUUUUUUCAUUGUAGAAUCUGGAGAAGUGAGAAUUACUAUGAAAAGGAAGAAUAAACAGGAUGUAGAAGAGAAUGAGGCAGUUGAAAUAGCUCGGUACUCCAGAGGACAAUAUUUUGGAGAACUUGCUCUUGUAACUAACAAACCACGAGCAGCUUCAGCAUUUGCUCUUGGCACUGUCAAAUGUUUAGUUAUGGAUGUGCAGGCAUUUGAAAGGCUUUUGGGACCUUGUAUGGAAAUUAUGAAAAGAAACAUUGCAAACUAUGAGGAGCAGAUAGUUGCUUUGUUUGGAACAAACAUGGACAUUGCUGAUGCCAGUGAAUGAAAUAAAGUGCGGAACUACAAGAUCCGUUAUGAGAAAAUAGCACAGUAGUGGUUAGUCCACUGAGAAUGUGUCUAUCUUCCUGUAGAUGCCAAGCAUUUUCUGUGAUUUGAGGGUCUGGGGUUUUUUGUUUGUUUGUUGGGGUUUAUUUUCAAUUUUUUACAUAUUACAACAUAUGUAUCAGUAAACCAUGUAGAGAUUUAACAGACUUUCGUCCUGAUUUUCAGAAGAACAUGGCACCAGUAGUUCCAGUUGAAGUCAGGGGUAGCUGUAGAUGCACAGCAGCUUUUGAAAAUCAGGUUCUUUGUAUACAGCAUUUCAUAAAGAAUACAUUUUAAGAAAACAUUAUGCUGAUGAAUUUGUUCAACCAACUUCUGUUCUAUAAAAUGGUUCAGAUUUUCUGGAAAGACUGUUAGCUUGAAUGCGAUAUGUUGAAAGUGUUAAUGCACAAAGUGUUUGUAAGUAUUGGUAAUGCAGAAGGUAUACUGUAGUUAUCCAUUUCUGCCUUUUUAAAUUGUCAUGAUUUUAUGUUGCAAUUACUAUAGCUGUAUAAAAAAAUAAAUAACUCAAAUUCCUCAUAACAGUAAGGCACAAUGAUACAUUUUGUGUAAAGUUCAUUAACCAAGUCUUAUUUGAACAUUUUUGUAAUUUGGUAAUAAAGUCCUCUUAAUAUGUCACAUUUCAGCAAGCCCAUUUGUAAAAUAUUGUAAUAUCUUAUGCAAUUUAGGGGAUUUUUAUAUUUUUGCAAUAAACUGCAUUUUUAUUUGUUACACAUAAACAGUACAUUCCUCCAUUGAGAGAGCUGCAAAUGAAUCUCAAUGCAAGCAUGUUUUUUAAAAACAGGCAAAAGUACUUUAUGUAGGCAAUUGUCACAUUCUAUCUAAUUGUGCAUAAUCUACAUCAUUUUUCUUCUAAUUUAUUCCUUAAAAUGUAUGCAUUUUGUCCGUUCAUAUUUGAUGUCUAAUCUAGGAUUAAAUUCCGUCCCUAGAAAUCACUUAUUUUUCGGUGUUAAAUCUUUCCAUCUUUCAAGUAAAAUGUUCUUCAUACCUCUUUCUUUUUAGUAGAGGAUUCAAGCUAUUAAAGUAUUGAAAGACACAUUAACAUUAUUUGUUCCUGGAAAUCCUUACCAGCAA